AUGGACGCCUCCGUCACCACCCCCCUGCUCCACGGCCAUGCCGAUUUGGACGAUGCUCAUGGGUUGCCAACACCCGCCUCAUACGGCCAGAUCCAAGAUCAUCCUGCUUUUCUCCGAGCGUGCCAUUCCCCCUGGCGAUAUUUUCCCCAGAGCCUCUUGUGCUGGGUCCGAGGUGGUGUCGUUGCCUAUCUGACUGCGGUCGGUGCCAUGGUUAUCGACUACAAGCUACGCCAAGAGUCACCAUACUCGAACUGGCGCGUCGUCUUUGAUUUCUCCGUCGUCACCUUCUCGCUGCUCUUGGCCUACCACGCGCUUGUGCUGGGCUGGACGUAUACCCAUCUUUACCAUCCGCACAUUGCCGAAAUGCGCACUGGCUGGGAAUACUGGGCGCUGAGGGUACUGUCGCUGCCCCAUGACAUGGCCAGCCUUCGCAAGCAGUUCUACUUCACCUUGUUCUACACCGUUACCACUGUUUUCACCUUCAUGAAUACCGUCAUCUACUGGUUCGUGACACUGGCACAUGACGACAUGGGUACUGGCGAGCCACCUCAGCCUCAGCCAUCUGGAGGCUCGGCCGUGUCUUACAUGGUUAGAGACUCGCUGGGUUACGAAUGGACUCGCUUGGAAGACGCUCACAAAGACGGACCACAUGAACCAUUCACGGAAAUAUUUGGCAAGGGCUGGUUCAGAGCCUUCGUCAUUCUCAACUUGUUUGGCAUCACAUCCGUCAUCUCGCUCUUUGAGAUCUUCUACCUCAACAGCAUCAAGCGCCCCUGGGCGGUUGGUGCACAUACUUUGGGCGUCAUUUUCUUUGCAGGCCUUUAUCUCGGUUGGGCAGCCAUCGGCAAGCUGGAGACUGGCGCCGAUGCCUUCUACUGGCUGAACGAGAAGGAGGUCGGAUCCCGUGAGGCCGUGGUGGCAUCAUCGAUUGGCUUUGUCAUUCUUGCUCCCAUCAUGUACUCAUUCAUGUACGGUCUCGUGGGUAUGCGCGAGAACAUUGCCCGAGCUGCCCACACAAGACGGGUUGCCGCCGCUGCCGCGUUGGCGGACCAGUGA